AUGGUGCAGUCGCUGUCGCUGCGAGCAGCUCUUGCAGUGGUUUGGAAGGAGAAUUUCAAUGAUAAUAUUGACGACAAAUACCUGAUCAAUCUGGCCAAUGCUAUCAACCGCGUGUGGAUAGCUUCAAAAGACAUACGUACCACACGGGAGUUCAAAGAUAACCGUGACCUCCAGGAAGCUCUGUUGGCUGUGUUUCCUGGUCAUGAUCUGACAUGCCCUCGACAGAGCCCGCUAAACUUCAUCCUCUCCGCCUUCGAAACGCUUUGGCGGAUUGUCCUCAUGACUUUUAUCGAGGUUGGGUUCAAGACGGGCCAGCAUCAUCCCGAAUGGCGAGAAGCUCUCAUUGCAUUUGCCCAAAGUCCUACAACAAAGGAUUUUGAAACAGCAAACCCCAUCUCUGCUGGAUUUCUUGUCAAAGAAGCACUUCGUCUCUAUCCUCCCACCAAGCGAAUUUAUCGUGCACACAAAUCGGCAGCAUCGAAAGAGCAUACCAUUGUCGCGGCAGAUAUAGAAGCUUGCCACAUCGACCCCACAAUCUGGGGACCAGAUGCCAAGGCAUACAACCCAUCCAGAUGGACACGUUUGACAAAAGAGCAGAAAGACGCCUUUAUUCCUUUUGGAAGUGCCCCGUUCAUCUGUCCAGCCAAGGCAGUUUUUGGACCCCGGAUUAUCGGGUUGCUUGUUGGAGUCUUGUUCAGUCAGCUACAGGGAGAUUGGCGCUUAGAGGGUGUUGGAGAUUUGGCGAGGGCGAGAGAGAGAUUGAAGAAUGAGAGAAGUUCAUAUGAUGGUGCGGUGUUGGUUCGCUUUUCAUGA